AUUUUACAAACUGGGGAAGUAGCUCCCGCAGACUGCUAGAGAGUCCGAGAUAAAAGCGAAGAAAGUGGGGGCGGCUCUAAGGGAUUCCGGAGAAGUUGUAGCCAUCAUGACCUCACUCCAAGCCACGAAGGAUCCGCUGCUCCGGGGUGUAUCUCCUACCCCUAGCAAGAUUCCCGUACUUUCUCAAAGACGCCGGCCUCUCCCCAGGGGCAACUCCAUCGCCGUGGACCAGGAGAACCAAGAUCCAAGUGAAUUGGUGCAGAAUCCGUCGCUUAGUAUUCAUGGCUCCCUCGUUGACUCAGCAGGCUCUAGGCUGAAAGCCAUGCACCAAAUCGAGAAAUCAGAGACAUUGGUGGGGAGCACUCAGCUCCGGAACCCCCUGAAAGAGCUCAAGGGUAGUCCUGGGGGUCAGAAUGCAGGACCUGGACCUCCUCCCCGGACAGAGGCUCCAGGGGCCAUAGAAUUUGUGGCUGAUCCUGCAGCCCUGGCCACCAUCCUGUCAGGUGAGGGGGUAAGGAACUGUCGCCUGGGGCGCCAACCCAGUCUGGCUCAGAGAGUGCUGAUUCGAGGGAGCCAAGGAAGCACCAUACAGAGGGGCCAGGGUGCCCGGGCCUCUGCAUAUUCAGCCCCCAGAACCCCCAUCCACCGACUGGAUCCUGCCAGAGCUUCCUGCUUCUCAAGGCUGGAGGGACCAGGACCCCGUGGCCGGACCUUGUGUCCCCAGAGGCUGGAGGCUCUGAUUCCACCUUCAGGACCUUCCUUUCACCCCUCUACUCGCCCCAGUUUCCAGGAGUUAAGAAGAGAGACAGGUGGCAGGAGCUGGACUUCAGUGAACCAGGCCUCGCGAUUGCCCCUGAAGAACUCAGCCCAGCCUGCUUCCUCUGUCCCUGAAGGAGAACCAGAAAUUGUGACUCACUUAGAUGAAGGAGAAGGGGGCUCCCUCGGUCUGGCCCAGCGGAUACCAUUAAGAGAAAUCCAUGGGAUGACAUGCACCAGGGACAGCCGUGAGUCCCACCUGAUGCCCUCCCCUGCCCCUGUGACCCAGCCCAUGCCUCACCAUGUGGUGCCAUCAACUGACACCCGCCUUUCACCCUUUGGAUUGGCUCAGCGCAUACCUUCUCCCCACCCCUCAGCUCUGACUUCAUAUUCAGUGUUGCGGCGUCUGGCGAUUUGCCCGAAAAUCCAGUUCACACCCAUCCCAUCGGCCCCCAGAAUUCAGCAGGCCCAGUGGGUGAGUGGUCCCUCCCCUCAGUCCUGCCCUGAAGAGCCUGUCCUGCCAUGGGAGCAGAUUGCAGUACGGUUGUUUGAUCAGGAUAGUUGUGUAAAGCUGCAGGAGGGGCCUGAGAAACCACUUGUGGCAACUCCUAAUGGACCCCAUCCCAAUUUCCAGGAAUUGAAGAUGCAGCGCAUCAGUAUCCUGCAGCAGCUGUUGCGACAGGAGGUAGAGGGGCUGACAGAGGGCAAGUAUGCCCCCCUUAAUCAAGGUUCCUCUCUGGAUAUGGUUGGGCUUCAGCCCCUGCUGGCUGAGAUUUCGAGAACUCAGAAUGCCCCAGAGCCUAAUUCUGGGACUUCUCAUCUUCCUGGACUGUUGCAGCCCUCUGAGCUACCAAGGGCCUGCCUUCCAGAGGAGUGUGAGGAAUCACAGCCCUGCCCUGGGGUGGAGCAGGUGGCACAGCCCUGCCCUCCAAUAGAGCCAGGGUCCCCAGAGCUCUGCCAUAGGAAGGAGCCUGAGAUACCAGAGCCCUCACCCCAGGAGCAGCUUGAGGUGCCAGAGCCCUGCCGUCCAGCAGAGCCUGGACCCCUUCAGCCCAGCCCCCAGAGGAAGACUGGACCCCCAGAGCCCUGCCCUAGGGUAGAGCCCAGGACAUCGGAGGCGUGCACCCUGGAACCUAGAUGUCCAGAGUCCAGCCAACAGCCCUGCUGCAGUCAGGGGGCUCCAGUGACCACCAGCCUGAUCUUCUCUUCCCAACGCCCACUUUGCGCCAGCCCCGCUAUCCACUCACUCCAGUCUCUGAAACCCCCAACAGACCUAUCAGGCCCCAGCAGUCUGGCCCCUCGAACCCAGGCUCUGAGGCAGCGCCUCAAAGCAUGUCUGACUGCCAUCCACUGCUUCCAUGAGGCCCGCCUGGAUGAUGAGUGUGCCUUCUAUACCAGCCGAGCACCUCCCUCAGGCCCCACCCGGGUCUGCACCAACCCUGUGGCCACAUUACUCGAAUGGCAGGACGCCCUGUGUUUUAUUCCAGUUGGUUCUGCUGCCCCACACAGCUUUCCAUCAUGAAGCAUGCACCUCUCCACCUACUCCUGCCUUCCUGGAUCCUUCCUUUUAGCCCUUAUUUAUUGUUGGUUCCCUCCCCCUUGGGGCUAGGAGCUGACACCCUUUGUCUUUCAAU